AUGUCCAACGACCGUCGCAUCAAGUCGCUCAAGCUGCGUCUACGCAGCAUAUUAACAUCUUUCAAUCUCAUCAAGUCAUUCGUUGACGAAUUCGAGGAGGAAGCCCAUGCAACAGAAGUUCCAGUUCGGCUGGAAAAUCUCGUCACCCUAUGGGCAGACUUCAACAAAUUACAAGCGUGGAAUCUAUUGGUAGAGCACUUUCAGGACACGGCACGCCUGAAGCAGUCCUACAUUGAUGCGCUUUUUGAGUUUCCGUCAAUUAGGCGAGAAUCUGCGACUGAACUACACUCGCUGGUUGAGCGUUUCGAGGCCAACGUGCGAGUUCUGCAGCAGUUGGGAGAGAAAACGGAAUUCUGGGAUGUUCUCUUAAUUCGCAUGCUUAGCAUCCGCCUAGAUCCAACAACGAGGCGAGAUUGGGAGGAAUAUUCGUCUGCUCAAGAUACGAUUUCAUUUCAUGACCUCACGUCGUUUCUUCAAAGAAGAGUAACAGUACUACAAAAUCUGCAAGGAAAAUGUACGGAAGUUCCCCCGCCAUCGGUACCCAAGAAGCAACCUCAACGUCAAUUUGCCAGCCACGGGGCAACUCAAACCAAUUAUCGAAAGUGUUUAGUAUGCUCCGAGAAUCAUCCGCUCUACCAAUGUGCCACCUUCUCGAAGAUGAGCCCAGAUGACAAAGAAAGAGAAGUUCGGCGUCAUCAGCUUUGUCGAAAUUGUCUGAGGAAGGGACAUUUCGGCAAGGAUUGUCCGUGUGUUAGCUCCUGCCGCAAGUGCAGAGGUCGUCAUCAUACGCAGCUCUGCAUUACUGAUUCUUCAUCGUCUGGAAACGUGAAAACUUCAGAACAUUCUGCUCCGAAAGUAUCUCAGUCCUUACCGCCCAACGACCAACCCACCACUUCCUUAUCAGCGACAGUACCCGAAACUCGGAGCUACGCGUCCACAAGACAGCAGAAUACACGUGUCCUACUUGCCACCGCUGUGGUACUCGUAGUCGAUGAUCAUGGUUCGCAGCAUGUAGCCAGAGCACUGCUCGACUCGGGCAGUGAAUGUUGCUUCAUGACAGAAUCAUUCGCCCAACUCGUGAAAGCAAAGCGGAAGAAAUUCUUUGUUCCAAUAGCGGGAAUAGGUCAAUCUACCACCCACGCAAAACACAAAUUAUUUUCCACUAUACGUUCAAGAAUUAGCAGCUAUUCCGCCACUGUUGAAUUCCUAAUUCUAUCGAAGGUUACAGUAGACAUACCAUAUGCAUCGGUCGACAUUUCAUCAUGGAAUUUUCCGCCAGAAAUUCAGUUAGCGGAUCCAUCGUUUCACGAUAAAAACUCCGUCGAUCUCGUCAUCGGGGCUGAAGUUUUCUUUGACUUAUUUAAAGUAACGGGAAGAAUAGCUCUCGGCGACAAUCUUCCCACUCUUGUGAACUCUGAACUAGGCUGGGUAGUUUCCGGAAGAACGAGCACCUGCCUACCGACUACUCCAGUAACUGCUCACGUUGCCACCGUCACAGACCUGCAUACGCUUAUGGAGAAGUUCUGGGUACUUGAAGAUGAUCGGUCCUCUCAUUGUCACUCGGUAGAAGAAGCUACAUGCGAAGAGCACUUCCGUCAGACUGUGUCUCGUACAACAGAAGGACGAUAUGUUGUCCGCCUACCGAUUAAAACAGAUGUCAUCACCAAUAUAUGCGACAAUCGCCGAGUGGCUCUACGGCGUUUCCAUUUGCUGGAAGCACGCCUGGCUCGAAAUGAAGAAUUAAGACAGCAAUACACCGAAUUUUUGGACGAGUAUCUCAAAUUAGGGCACAUGCAACAGAUUCAAGAAGAUGAUCAACCAUCGUCAUGUUACCAUCUUCCACACCACGCUAUCAUACGAGAAGACAGCGCUUCAACUAAAGUCCGUGUCGUUUUUGAUGCUUCCUGUAAAACUCCUAACGGACCAUCCCUGAACGAAGCUCUAAUGGUCGGUCCAAUCGUGCAACAAGAUUUGAGAUCCAUAAUCAUGCGUUCCAGAAAGCAUCGUGUCAUGCUUAUCGCCGAUAUUCGUCAAAUGUAUCGCCAAGUACUCAUGGACGAACGGUAUACACCACUACAACGCAUCGUCUGGAGGCCCACACCAGAUGUUCCUAUCAACACGUACGAGUUAAAAACAAUUACCUAUGGCACCGCCAGUGCACCCUUUCUCGCAACAAGAACGCUGCUGCAAUUGGCAAAUGACGAACGGGCUGCAUUUGCUGAAGCUGCUGAGGUACUAAUCCACGACUUCUACGUGGAUGACCUGUUCUCCGGCUGUAACACAGUAGCUGAAACUAUCGCCUUGCGUCGCCAGCUGGAUACUUUAUUGGCAAAGGGUGGUUUCGAGCUGCGCAAGUGGGCCUCUAAUGAGGAAGAAGUUCUUAAUGACAUCCCGCAGAACAAUCGCGCACUGCAAUCCUCGGUAGAUUUCAACCGCGACCAAUGCAUAAAAACCCUUGGACUUCACUGGGAACCAUCAUCGGACAUGCUGAGAUACAAGGUAAAACUUCCACCACCAGAAACAAACGCGACGCUCACCAAAAGAAUCGCACUCUCGCACAUUGCGCAACUUUUCGAUCCGCUUGGUGCUGCAAACGAACUUCGACAGCUGGUUCGUGCCAAGGACCACCAGCAAGCCAUCGCCCAGGAAUGUUCCUCAACAGGCAUACGAUGGCAUUUUAAUCCACCGAAGGCAUCGCACUUCGGAGGGCUGUGGGAAGCAGCAAUUUAUUCCGCACAGAAACACUUCGUUAGAGUCCUCGGAACGCAUAAUCUUCCUUUCGACGAAAUGGAAACUCUUUUGGCACAAAUUGAAUGUUGUUUAAACUCCAGACCUAUAGUUCCAUUAAGUGAUGACCCGACUGAUUAUGAGCCGCUAACUCCCGGUCACUUUCUGACUGGAUCAGCACUGAAGGCGGUACCGGACAUUGACUUCAACUCAGUACCGUACAACCGUUUACGCAAGUGGCAACAGACGCAGAAAAUUUUCCAAAACAUUUGGAAUAGAUGGAAAACCGAAUAUUUAACGUCACUACAACGUCGCACAAAGUGGUGCGACCCACCGGUACAAUUAACACCCAAUCAACUCGUCAUAUUGCGAGAUGAAGCUACUGCUCCAAUGCAAUGGAUUACCGCACGUAUCACCGAGCUUCACCCAGGACCAGAUGGAGUAACACGAGUGGUCACGGUUCAAACACCGACAGGCCGCUUCACUCGACCAGUUUCGAAAAUCUGCAUCCUUCCCAUCGCACCACCGGACCUGGCAUCGACCGAAACAGCAGCAUUGCAAGAGUCAUCGACUCAACCAAUCAUCGCAGAAUAUCAUCCCAUCGUUGUUCCAGCCAAACAAUAA